CGUAACUGAAGAGCCACCGCCAGAGACCACUACCAUUAAUCCAUUUGAGUCUCGCUCAGUACCGAAAAAGCCUGAGUAUGAAGCUGAAACGGAACCGCCACCUCCAGAAAGCUUGUGCGUUCCCUUCCGAUACGGAGACGAAAUCGUGAACGGAUGCGUGGGCGAGCAAGGGAAGGAGGAGAUAAUUAAGACGGAGGGAGAAGGAGGAGAGAUAACCUGGUGGACAGUGAAAGGCAGAUGGUGCGCCUCAGAAGUAGACGAGAAUCUGAAUCCCGUAACCAUUAUACUGUGCGACGUGUGCGUUCCCUUCAGCCACAAAGGGAUGCUCAUGAGGGGCUGCGUGGGCGGCGAGUGGUGCGCCGCAGAGGUGGACGAGGAUAUGAAUGUCUUGAAGGCUAUGAGCUGUCCGGAAAUUUCUUUCGUAACAGAACCACUGCUAGAGACCACUAGUACAUUUGAGUAUGAAGCCUCAGCUGAAACGGAAGAGCCACCUUCAGAAAGCAGUGGGUGCGUUCCCUUCCGCUACGGAGAGGAAAUUGUGAGCGGAUGCGUUGGCGAAGAAGGGGUGGAGGAGACAAUCGAAAUGAAGGGAGAAGGAGGAGUGAUAAACAGGGAGACAGUGAGCGGAUGUAACAGAAUCACCGCUAGAGACCACUAGUACAUAUGAGUAUGAAGCCUCAGCUGAAACGGAAGAGCCACCUUCAGAAAGUAGUGGGUGCGUUCCCUUCCGCUACGGAGAGGAAAUCGUGAGCGGAUGCCUUGGCGAGGAAGGGAAGGUGGAGACAUUUGAGUUGGUGGGAGAGGGAGGAGCGAAGUUUAAGUUGACCCAGAGCCACAGAUGGUGCGUCUCCGAAGUGGACGAGAAUUUGAAUGCCAGGAAGAUUAUAAUGUGUCCGGAAAUGGCUCCUCCACCCGAAGAACCACCAGUGGGCGCUGCCACUACGGCCACAGCUCCAAGUGAACAGCCACCAGUAAACGCCACUGAAUGUGUUCCCUUCCGACACGAUGGUGAAAUUGUGAGCGGAUGCGUUGGUGAAGAAGGGGUGGAGGAGACAAUCGAAAUGGAGGGAGAAGGAGGAGUGAUAAACAGGGAGACAGUGAGUGGCAGAUGGUGCGCCUCAGCGGUAGACGAGAAUCUGAAUGCAAUAAUGAACUGUAUACCUUACCCUCAGCUCCAAGUGAACAGCCACCAGUGA